AUGUUUUUAGACCAAGAGCAUGAAUACGCUGAUCCUCUCCAUACAUCCAAUUACUUUAAUGAUAAAACACUGAUAGCUGAGGAGGAAGUGGACAUGCCAAAUAAUAUUAGAAGAUCACUGAGUGUUGGAAAUCUGGAUCUGGAUAAAUUAGAGAACUUUUGUAAAUUAAGAAGUGGGAGAGUUUAUAGAAAAAGUGAUGAGAACCUUACAAGACUAGCCCAACCCAAGAGAAAUUACGGCUCUGAACAAAAUUUAAGCAGAAAUGAAUAUGUACCCAUGGCGGAAGCUGUUAAUAGGUUUCAGCAUGGUACACCAAAAAGGUUUCGUUCUAGACCCAAUUUGUUAGGCGAACCGUCACAACUGACAAUACCACAUUCUCCAAAAUUAAUAACAUCAAUUAGAGGACGACCUGUACCUGAUUAUGUACUAUCUCAAAAUCAAAAAGAACAACUUGAAUUUGAAGAAGCUAAAAAGUCUCAGUUUAAAGCCAAUCCUAUGAAUAAGAAUAUUUUCAAAACUCCUGUAGUGUAUAAUGCAAAAGUAAAAAAAUCAACCAUACCAGAGCCUUUUAAAUUAACAGCUCCACCUAAAAAAAUCGGCCCUUCUCCAGUUAAAAAAGUACCAGAAUUCCAUGCCAAACCUGUACCGAAAUAUCUAUUAGAGCCUCAAAUACCCACAAAUAAAGCACCUCUUCGAAUCCACGUUACUAAACCUCAUACACCGUCAUUCAUGAGACACAGAUCUCAUUCACCCAAGAGAACUCCACAAAACAAGAACGAGACGUUACAACCACAACAAAAUAAGUUGAAAUCAACUAGGCCUGUUCCAUUUAGUUUCGAGACCAGAGACAAACACAUAAUGUCGAAAAAGGACCAACUAAUUCAAAAAGUUUUGGAAGCUGAGAAGAAGGCUAGGGAAUUUCACGCCAAACCAAUACCUAAGUCUAUUUUGCAGCCCACGAGAGCUUUCUCAAUGGCCACAAAAAAUAAAGCUGAUGAUACAGUAAACACAACAAUCUUCAAAGCCAAGCCUCCGACUGUACUCUACAAGAAGCCAUUUGAACCGAAACGAGAAGAUAGACCUCUGCUCGAAAUAGAGCAUUUCGUUUUGAACACCGACGUUAGAUUUAGAGAAAGGGAACACUUUGACCAGAUGAUUAAGUUCAAGGAAAAACAAUUGUUGAGGCUGCGGGAAGAAGAAGAGUUGAAAAGGAGACGAAAAGAGGCUGACGAGAUUCAAAGAGCUCGAAAAAACGCCGAAUUCAAAGCGCAAGAAAUAAAAAAAUAUAAAGAAAUGGUGAUUAAGCCGUCUAUGAAACUUACACAGCCAAUUUCUCCAAAAUUAUCGAAUAAGACUAAGAAUAGGUCUGCCAACAAAGAAAAUACACCUUGAAUAUAAAAACUAUUAAAGUAUAUAUUAUUAACCAUAUUAAACAUAAGAUAUCAGAGUGACGGAAAAUUAAGAUUGAUGUAAAAAUGUUUCUGCUAAUAAUUAUUAAAAUGUGUUUUUAUGCCAUAAUCUAAAAAAGUAUUCAUAAUUUUCCUAAGCUCUACAUAAAUAUUAAAGCAGUUUUACCUAUUUAUUUUAUUUUUUAAACUUUUAUAUUUUAUGUGUUAACUUUUUUAUUGUAUAUAUGCUUUUUAAAAUGUG